AUGUCAAAUAACAAUAGAAGCAAGGCGAUGGUGCCACCAAUCAACUGUAUAUUCAACUAUUUACAACAACAGACAUUAGUAACGAUAUGGUUAUUUGAGCAAGUUGGCAUAAGAAUCAGAGGCAAAAUAGCAGGGUUUGAUGAAUUUAUGAAUGUAGUCAUCGAUGAUGCUAUAGAGAUACCUGUUAAUAGUGCAAACGGUAAAGAAGAUGUAGAAAAGGGCACGCCGCUCGGGAAAAUACUGUUAAAAGGUGAUAAUAUAACAUUAAUAACAUCAGUAGAUUAA